AUGGAAGAUGGGCAGCUUUCCGACUCAGAUUCCGACAUGACGGUCGCACCCAGCGACAGGCCACUGCAGGUGCCGAAAACGCUGGGUGGGGACAGCAUAGUGAGGCCCUUCCAGGAUACUGAAACACCGUGUGCACCAGCGUCACAUUAUCGGACUGUUAAAAGUGUGGAUUCCAGUGAGGAGAAUUUUUCUGAUUCAGAUGAUGAUAGCUCCCUUUGGAAACGCAAGCGACAGAAAUGUUUUAAUCCUCCUCCCAAGCCAGAGCCUUUUCAGUUUGGCCAGAGCAGCCAGAAACCACCUUUUCCUGGAGGAAAGAAGGCUAACAACAUAUGGGGUGCUGUGCUCCAGGAACAGAAUCAAGAUGCAGUGGCCACUGAACUUGGGAUCUUGGGACUGGAGGGCACUAUUGACAAAAGCAGACAGUCCGAGACUUACAAUUAUUUGCUUGCUAAGAAACUUCAGAGGGAAUCUCAAGAGCAUACGAAAGAAUUAGACAAAGAGCUAGAUGAAUAUAUGCACGGUGGCAAAAAAAUGGGAUCAAAGGAAGAGGAAAAUGGCAAACGAAAACGACCUGUCAGAGACAGGCUAGGGGACAGACUAGAAAUGAACUACAAAGGCCGGUAUGAGAUCACAGAGGAAGAUUCGCAAGAGAAAGUGGCUGAUGAAAUUUCUUUCAGGUUGCAGGAACCAAAGAAAGAUCUGAUAGCACGAGUAGUGAGGAUAAUUGGGAACAAAAAGGCAAUCAAACUUCUGAUGGAAACGGCUGAAGCUGAACAAAAUGGCGGCCUCUUUAUAAUGAAUGGUAGUUGAAGAAGAACACCAGGUGGAGUCUUCCUGAAUCUCUUGAAAAAUACUCCCAGUAUCAGCGAGGAGCAAAUUAAGGACAUUUUCUACCUAGAAAAUCAAAAGGAAUAUGAAAAUAAAAAGGCUGCUAGGAAGAGGAGAACGCAAGUGUUGGGGAAAAAGAUGAAACAAGCUAUUAAAAAUAUAAAUUUUCAAGAAGAUGAUGAUACAUCACGAGAAACUUCCACAAGUGACACAAACGAGGCGCUGGCCUCUCUCGACGAGCCGCAGGAAGGCCACGGGGAGCCCAAGCUGGACGCAGAGGAGGCCAUCGAGGUUGAUCAUGCUCACGAUCUGGACAUCUUUUAGUACAUUUUGAGGGUUGGGCCUUUCUAGAAUAACCUUGUAAUAAGCCAUUUCUACUGAGAUUGCUUCGUUUGACUUUGCACUGAUAAACCUAAAAAUCUGGACAGAA